AUUGUUUAGACGGAAACCGGGCAACCGCGAAGGCGUCAUUAAUACACAUGCACUACGUGAAAACUUAACAAUUUUUUGAGUUAAAGAUCUUUUACUCUCUGUACGAAAAGAUGUCGAUUGCAGCGUCCAAGGUUCAUGAAGUCAGAGAAAUAACGAGGAUCGAGCGAAUAGGUGCACACUCACACAUACGUGGCCUAGGCCUUGAUGACAGUCUCGAGGCUCGAAAUGUUUCACAAGGAUUGGUCGGUCAAACCAAAGCAAGACGUGCCACUGGUAUUAUAUUAGAAAUGAUCAAGCAAGCCAAGAUAGCCGGCAGAGCCAUACUGUUGGCUGGACAUCCAGGAACUGGGAAAACUGCAAUAGCCUUGGGAUUGGCCCAGUCUCUAGGCACAGAUACUCCAUUUACGCUGAUGGCUGGCUCUGAAAUUUACUCGCUUGAAAUGAGCAAAACUGAAGCCCUGACUCAGGCUAUAAGAAAAUCAAUAGGCAUCAGAAUCAAAGAAGAAACUGAGAUCAUUGAAGGCGAGGUCGUAGAAAUCCAAGUUGAUAGACCAGUAACUGGAGUGGGAGCCAAGGUUGGCAAGCUAACAUUGAAAACGACAGAGAUGGAGACGAUCUAUGACUUGGGAAACAAAAUGAUCGAGUGUCUGAUCAAAGAGAAGGUCCAAGCUGGGGAUGUUGUAACGAUAGACAAGGCCACUGGAAAAAUCAACAAGUUGGGGCGCUCGUUCACGAGGGCUCGCGAUUACGAUGCGACCGGGCCGCAGACUCGUUUUGUCCAAUGUCCCGAAGGGGAGCUGCAGAAACGGAAGGAAGUAGUCCAUACCGUGACUCUCCACGAGGUAGAUGUUAUCAACAGCAGGACUCACGGUUUUCUAGCCCUGUUCUCUGGAGACACCGGAGAGAUCAAGACAGAAGUUAGGGAACAGAUAAAUGCCAAAGUGGCCGAGUGGCGAGAGGAGGGCAAGGCUGAGAUCGUACCUGGAGUGCUUUUCAUUGACGAGGUGCACAUGUUGGACAUAGAAUGUUUUUCAUUUCUCAACCGCGCUCUGGAAAAUGAAAUGGCACCUGUCGUUAUCAUGGCUACAAACAGAGGCAUCACCAAAAUACGAGGCACAAACUACGAAAGCCCACAUGGCAUUCCAAUCGACCUGCUCGAUCGCAUGAUCAUUGUUCCCACCGUCGCGUACAGCGAAGAUGAAGUCAAAGAGAUCCUAAAGAUCAGGUGCGAAGAGGAAGACUGUGAGAUGUCCAGCGAUGCUCUGACGAUCCUUACGCGUGUUGCCAUGGACACGUCGUUACGAUACGCUAUUCAGUUAAUCACUACUUCUUCCAUUAUAUGCCGUAAAAAUAAAAAAAUGGAAGUGGGUGUAGAGGACGUCAAACGCGCUUAUGUGCUCUUCAUUGACGAAUCUAGGUCUUCUCAGUAUUUGGAAGAUCAGGAAGCUGAUUUGUUUGUAUUUAAUGCAGCAGGAAAGGGUAAAGACAAAGAACAAGCUAUGGACGUUGCUUAGUUAUUUAGUGGAGAUUUUGAC